CCGGCGCCCACCUGGCGCCAGGUGUCCCCGCCAUCUUCCUGCAGUCCUCCGGCCCGGCCCCUCGGGAGCGGAGCAGAGCUGGCCGGGUAGAACUGGCGUCUCAUCCCCGCUCCGCACAGACAGACCCCGACGUGUUGCCAUGGCUGAGGAAGCCGCCGCCGCGCGCUUCAGCGAGGACGACUUUUACUGUCCCAUCUGCCAGGAGGUGUUCAAAACGCCCGUGAGGACUAUGAACUGCCAGCACGUAUUUUGCAGGAAGUGCUUCUUGACAGCUAUGCGGGAAAGUGGAACUCAUUGUCCUCUCUGCCGGGGGAGUGUGACUAAAAAAGAAAGAUCAUAUCCCAAAAGGGCUCUAGAUGUCGAAAACAGUAUGAAGAAAGCUUCCGGGGGCUGUAGAUGCUGUGAGAAGCAGGUUAGGUUUUCGUGGAUGAGACAGCAUUAUAAAACGUGUAAGAAGUAUCAGGAUGAAUACGGUGUUCCUUCUGUUAUUCCAAAAUUACAGAUUACCCAGGAUUCAACAGGGAACAGCAGGAAUGAUGCAGUAUCAGCUAAUGGAGAGAUGGCUACUAAUCAAAUGCGCCAAGGAAAUACAAGGUAAGCUGCUUAUUUUCCUAUAGUUAUUAUUAAACUAACUAUAGUGUAAGCUUAUGCUAUCUAAAACAAGCAAAACUGCAACAAAUUAUGUUUUAAAAAAGUAUUUAGUUUCUUCUUUGUUUGCAUCCAUACAUUAGGAUUUUUCACUACUUUCUUGAAAGAUUUGAACGCAGAAGUGUUACCAGCAAGUAAGAACAAGAUGCAGCUGCAAUUGGAUAAAAAAUACUUUGUGAAUUCCACGUCUCAGUAGGAUGCAUUUAGACAUACAGAUAAUAAAUUUGCUUUAACAUUGCUAUUUAGAAGUAGUGAUGAUAGAUGCUCUGUUAGGUCUGCUAUUAAAUCAAUAAAAGUGGUCUUUUUUGUUGUUAUCAAAAUAUGGGAAAGUAAUGACAAGCUGACAGAUGAAUUA